AGAUUAUUUUAGAAAGAAAAAUUCUCGUCCUCUCGUUGUAGAUAUUAUGUGAUGCGUUUACAAACUAACCCCUCACUCAAGGGGCAAUUUUGGUUCUUACAUCACCUUCAUGAAUUAUUAUCCAUUUAUUUUCUCAACGAUUAACUAUAUAAACUCAACUCCUGCCCAGUUUCUGGGUUUGGAUUUUCACUUUGUUGCUCAAGUUGCAUGGCCUGUGUUCUGAGUUCUUCUUCUACCAUUGUUGCGUCCUAUGCACUCAGGAAUGAACCUCAGCUUUACCCCGUGUGGUUUUCUUGCAUUCGCCCUGGAAACCUGCCUAGAAACCAUUUUCAGCUCAAAUCCUCAAAUGGGCAUCCGCUAAAUGCUGUUUCUUCUCAUUCUCAUGAUGCUGGAAGCUCAUUGGCCAAAGAAGAUAGCAAGCCCCAACCAGUUGAUGGACCAUUUCUCUCCUCAGACUCAGAAUGCACUGGAUCCAACCUUAGCAUAACUGUUGUUGGAGCUUCUGGAGACCUUGCCAAAAAGAAGAUUUUUCCAGCUCUUUUUGCUCUUUUUUAUGAAGAUUGCCUACCAGAGAACUUCCUGGUGUUUGGAUUUGCUCGGACCAAAAUGACCAGUGAAGAAUUAAGGAACAUGAUUAGCAGGACUUUAACAUGCAGAAUUGAUAAGAGGGCAAACUGCGAAGAUAAAAUGGACCAGUUCUUGAAAAGAUGCUUUUACCAUUCUGGUCUAUACAAUUCUGAGGACAGCUUUUCAGAUUUGGAUUGCAAGAUGAAGGAGAAAGAGGGUGGAAAACGUUCAAACAGGUUGUUUUAUUUGUCAAUACCUCCAAACAUAUUUGUGGAUGUGGUGAGAUGUGCUAGCCUUAAAGCUUCUUCAAAAAAGGGCUGGACAAGGGUUAUUGUUGAAAAGCCAUUUGGUCGUGACUCGGAAUCAUCUAACGAGCUAACAAGAUGUUUGAAGCAGUACCUCACUGAAGAUCAGAUAUUCAGGAUUGACCAUUACUUGGGUAAGGAGCUCGUGGAGAAUCUAUCUGUGCUUCGCUUUUCAAACCUUGUUUUUGAGCCUCUAUGGUCCCGGACUUACAUUCGCAAUGUACAAUUUAUAUUUUCUGAAGAUUUUGGGACAGAAGGCAGAGGAGGUUAUUUUGAUAACUACGGAAUCAUUCGCGAUAUAAUGCAAAAUCAUCUUCUGCAAAUACUAGCGUUGUUUGCAAUGGAACCACCUGUCAGCUUGGAUGCUGAGGACAUUAGAAAUGAAAAGGUUAAGGUUCUGAGAUCAAUGAGACCACUGCAGCUUGAAAAUGUUGUUACCGGUCAAUAUAAGGGCCACAGCAAAGGUGGUAAAUCAUAUCCAGGUUAUGCAGAUGAUCCAAGUGUUCCGAAGGGUAGUCUUACUCCGACAUUUGCAGCAGCAGCUCUUUUUAUUGACAAUGCUAGAUGGGACGGGGUUCCUUUUCUCAUGAAAGCUGGCAAGGCUCUACAUACUAAACGUGCAGAAAUCAGAGUACAAUUCAGACAUGUCCCAGGUAACUUGUAUAAGCGAAAUUUUGGAGCUGAUAUGGAUAAGGCUACAAAUGAGCUUGUGCUUCGUGUACAACCUGAUGAAGCUAUAUAUUUGAAGGUCAACAACAAAAUUCCGGGUCUAGGAAUGAGAUUAGACAGUAGUGACCUCAAUUUGCUUUACCGAGCAAGGUAUCCAACGGAAAUUCCAGAUGCAUAUGAGAGGUUACUCUUAGAUGCUAUUGAAGGCGAGCGGAGGCUGUUCAUUAGAAGUGACGAGCUAGAUGCAGCUUGGGCACUAUUCACUCCUCUGCUUAAAGAAGUAGAAGACAAGAAGAUUGCUCCAGAGCUCUAUCCCCAUGGUAGCAGAGGACCAAUUGGAGCACAUUACCUUGCCGCAAAGCACAAUGUACGAUGGGGAGAUACUGGUAAUGAUGACUGAUAAGUGGCAGAGCUUUCUUAUGAUAAUCAAUAUUGAUUAUCAGUUUCUUUUUCCUUGUGUUAUAGGGUAGUUUUGUGCUUUCCUCCCUUUGGGUUGGAAGAGAAGUUUCAUACGGAAUAAUCAGAUACAUGUUUCAUAUGGAGUAAUAGCAUACUUUAUCAUGUACUAUACUUUAUCAGUUUCUUUAUAUGGAGUAAUGGCAAGUUGAUUUUGAAUUAGAACUA